AUGACAGGCACAUCCUCGCCGACCGCUACUGCGGACAAUGGACGCUCAUCGUUGGGUGGCACAACCAUGAGAUUCGACGGUCGAGCUGGAAGUGGAACCGGGGAUGGAGUUUGCAAGAGAGUGAGAGACUUUUUCGGAAGCAAUUCCGCAUUCGAGUCAAAGAAGACCACGGUGACAACAUCUCGAUUCUGGAUAUUGAUAGCCUUUGCGUUGUUUGCUGCUGGGUACAUUUGUGGUGACAUUCAGCUCGGUGCCUAUGAUUCCCACAAUCUUGCGACAGUUACCAAGGAAGAUGUACUGCAGAUUGUCACAGUUGCCAAGGAAGAUGUUCUCCAGAUUGUCCAGCAACAUGCCCGGUACAGCAAUCAAGACCACAACAUGCCUACACUCACAAAGGCAGAUGUUCUCCAGAUGAUUAAGCAGCACAGCUCCCGUGAUGUUAGCACUCCCACCACCAAGCAGAUGCUGGAGGUUGUCCCAUUUACUGGAAGUAACUUCACGUCAAAGAAGUUUGAUUCGCAAGGCCUGCAAAUUGAACUGCAGCUCACAAUGAGCAAAAUCGUUCUACUUCUUGCCUUUUGUUUUGUGGCUGGGGUUUAUCUUGGUAGCUGUCUCCAACCAACUCUAUUGCAGAACCUCAACAGAGCAUCCACACUCCCCAAGGACGAUACUCUUGAUGUUGCCCAGCCUUGCCUACCAGAAACCAAUGUGCCCCCCCUGACCAAGGACAAUGUUUGUCAGAUUGUCCAGAUUUGCAUUGACGGAGCCAACGUAUCCACACUCACCACAAAUGAUGUUGUUGAUGUUUUCAAUCACUGCUUUCAAGAAGCCAAGAUCUCCACAAUCACCAAGGAAGAUAUCAUUGAGAUUUACCAAACAAGCCACAAUGCCUAA